AUGAUUAGCGCUGCAGAAGAUAAGGAGUUAACAUUUGAGUGGGAAGUAAGAGAAAACGAUAUUCCUUACUCUAAGCAUAUGAUAGCUGGUUGCAUAGCUGGUAUGAUCGAACAUUCUACCAUGUUUCCCUUCGAUAAUAUCAAGACCCAUUCCCAAGUCACUAAGAAUAUGAACUUCUUUUAGAUUGUACGUUAACUCCAUUCUGAAGGAGGUAUUCCUGCAUUCUACAGAGGUAUAGGUUUAGUAGCCUGUGGUUCUAUGCCUGCACAUGCUGCCUUCUUUUCAAUUUAUGAGUUAGCAAGAGUCAAGUUUGGAGUUAACGAUGAAGAGCAUCACCCUUACUUGUUUGCUUUGACAGGUGCAUGUGCUUAAUUCUUACACGAUUUAAUUAUGACUCCCAUUGAUGUCAUUAAGCAAAGAAAGUAAAUUAGCAAUUUGCCAGCCAAUGAUAUCAUCAGAAACAUGAUAAGAACUGAAGGAUACACUUCACUCAUUAGAUCUUUCCCUGUUACUUAUCUUAUGAAUCUUCCUCUAUCAGCAAUUUUAGUUGGUGCUAAUGAAACACUUAAAGUAGCAUUCUAAAAGAGUUACAAUCAUAAUUUCUUGUCCUACUUCACCUGCGCUGGUGUAGCUGGUGCUAUAGCAGCAACUUUGACCACUCCAUUUGAUGUGAUUAAGACAAAACUCCAAACACAAGACAUUUACUAAAAGUACUGCUCUGCUUGUGAUAUGACUAAUGAAAAUAAAUAAGUAACUAAUAAAAAGGGAAAUAAUAUUAAUAAUCAAUUUAAAAAGUAAUAAUAAGCUCAAGCUGCCUACAAUUUUAGUAGCAAAGUUAACGGUUGUGAAAUUAAUGAAUAAGUUGUAUGUAGAAAGGCUAAAUAUGAAAGCUUCUUAUAAACAUUUAAGCUUAUUUUGCAAGAAGAAGGUGUACGUGGAUUAUUUAGAGGAUUUGGUUCUAGAAUUAUAAUAUUUUCACCAUCCUCUGCUAUCUCUUGGGCAAGUUAUGAAACCAUGAAAAGAUAUUUACUUAAAAAGAUUCCUACUCAUUGA